CUUUUAUUAGGGCGUCCCCACUUACUCUGGCGCAGAAACAAUGAAGACGGCGCGGGACGGUGCUGCUUCCUCUACACGUGACUCAUCACCCAGCCACAUAUCUGUGGCGCGUACUCGCCCCACGACGCCUCAAGUCCGCACCACGAAAAAGUGCGAAAUUCAUCCAUCGACGAGAAACCCCACGAUCGCGACCCCAUCAGCUUAACGACUCCGAUUACGACGCACGACUGACUGGACGGACGCGGUAAUACCAAGGAGCUCAGAUACACAGCCUUUCAUCAUGGCUACCACGGCGCCGCCCAAGCCCAAGCACGACUGGGCCGACGACGAUGAUAUCGAGGAGACAUCAACCGACCUGCCGCCCCCCCAGACCAUCUCCAACAAGGACGGCACCAAGACCAUCAUCACAUUCCGCUACAACGACGAGGGCCAAAAAGUAAAGACGACGCGCCGCAUCCGCUAUGUCACGCACACUGAGACCGUGAACCCCCGCGUUGCCGACCGCAAGACGUGGAGCAAGUUUGGCCAGAGCGAACGGGAUCCCGCGGGCCCGGCCGCUGACACGACGUCGGUCGGCGAGAACAUCAUCUUCCGACCCAGCGUCAACUGGCGCAAGGACGCCAAGGACGAGAGCCAGGACCCCAACGCCCAGUCGAUGAAGGACAAGCUCAAGGACAAGAAGGUCAAGUGCCGUAUUUGCAACGGCGAGCAUUUCACGGCCCGGUGUCCGUACAAGGACACGAUGGCGCCCGUUGGCGAAAGCACUUCGGCAGACGUCGCCGCCGGAAUGGGCGACGAUCCCUCAGUCGGAGCUGCGGGUGCUGGCAAGAAGGGCUCGUACGUGCCGCCCGCCCUGCGCGGCGCUGCGGGCGCGGCCGGCGAACGCAUGGGUGGCAAGUUUGGCGAGAGAGACGACUUUGCCACGCUGCGCGUCACCAACGUUUCCGAGAUGGCAGAGGAGGGCGAGCUGCGGGACAUGUUCGAGCGGUUCGGCCGCGUUACGAGAGUAUUCCUUGCCAAGGACCGGGAAACGGGCAUGGCCAAGGGCUUCGCCUUCAUCAGCUUCGCGGACCGCGGCGACGCGGUCAAGGCGUGCAACAAGAUGGACGGUUACGGUUUCAAGCAUCUCAUUCUCAGGGUCGAGUUUGCCAAGAAGGCCCAGUAGGCUGGUUCUCUGGACAUGAUGAAGUAGUUGGGGACGUACGGAUAAUGCAUUUUCACGGCUUUGAUCUGCG